UCUCUCUCUCUCUCUCUCUCUCUCUCUCCAUGUAGCUAGUAAGUGUACAGCAGCGGCUGCAGCCCCUUCUCUCUCUAUAAUAGUUCCUCCUCUCCCUCCCAUCCACACCUCUUCUUCUCUAUCUUCAGCUCCACUCCAGUCCAGCUGCCUCCACCAUGGGAGACCCCUACACCAAUUUCCUCAGAGGCUACUACUCCUCCCACUUCCCUCCCUCCAACCCUCCCUCCUUCCCCACCAGCGGCAGCUACGCCUCCUCCUACCUCCACCCGCCUCCCCCCUCCCCUCCCAUCAGGGAAGCCCUCCCGCUCCUCAGCACCCUCACGCCAUCGUCGUCGUCGGCGGCCACCAACCACCAGCAGCACCACGACGACGUCGCCGCCCGAGAUCACAAGGCCGCCUGCAGGCGCGCCGCCUCCUGCAGCGGCCAAGACGACACGGCCGAUCAGGCCUCCGGGGAGGUCACCGUGGCCUUGCACAUCGGCCUGCCCAGCCCCGGCCCCUCCGAGUCCGCGGCGGGCGGCAGCGAGAGCCGAGAACCGGCGGCGGAAGGGAGCAGCAGCCUGCAGCAGCCAGGGGACGGCCAUGAAGGAGGAGGGGACGAGGAGGACGGCGACGACGCGGAGGACGCCGCCAUGGCGGUCGGCUGCGCGUCCAUCGGCAUCGGGAGGCUGACGAAAGGGCAGUACUGGAUCCCCACCCCGUCGCAGAUCCUCAUUGGGCCCACCCAGUUCUCCUGCCCCGUCUGCUACAAGACCUUCAACCGAUACAACAACAUGCAGAUGCACAUGUGGGGCCACGGGUCCCAGUACCGCAAGGGCCCCGAGUCGCUGCGCGGCACGCAGCCGACGGCGAUGCUCCGGCUGCCGUGCUACUGCUGCGCGGCGGGGUGCCGGAACCACAUCGACCACCCGCGGGCGCGCCCCCUCAAGGACUUCCGCACCCUGCAGACGCACUACCGCCGCAAGCACGGCAUCAAGCCCUUCAUGUGCCGCAAGUGCAGCAAGGCCUUCGCCGUCCGCGGCGACUGGCGCACCCACGAGAAGAACUGCGGCAAGUUCUGGUACUGCGCCUGCGGCUCCGACUUCAAGCACAAGCGCUCGCUCAAGGACCACAUCCGGGCCUUCGGCAGGGGCCACGCCGCAUGCGGGAUCGACUGCUUCGACGACGGCCUCGACGACGACGACGGCGACGGCCGAGACGACCGCGACCCGUCCAUCUCGUCGGAGGUCAUCGACCACGCCGCCGGUGGUGGCGGUACUGCUGCUGCUGCCAACCGUAGCAACACUGCGGCUAGCGCCGCCGCUACUGCCACCGGCGCCGCCAGCAGCUCUUACCGCCACCGCCACUGGAAGCCGCCGCCGCCGCCGCCGCCGCCGUCGAGAGGCUCCGGCGGGCUGCUAUAGGAUAGAAGAUAGUUUUAACCUGUGCAUGACUACAAAGCGUGAACCAGUUUGGUCCCUGGAACACUAAAGUUUAUACCAUGGUCAUUUUGAUGUAAUUACAUAAAUUUGCUGAAAAUUAUAUAUGUCAUUUCUGCUUCGUUGAGAGGAAUUAUACAGGACAACAAACGUUUGUGUCUGCUCCCACGCAUCAUUGUUGUCUUGAGUUUAUGUGCUCAUUUUUUUUCUUAAGAAAAGUAAUUGGUUUUCAAUGCCUUUGAGAA